UCCCAGCUGCUCCGUCCCCUCCGGCUCGCGAGGGAACCGCUCCAGCGCCACCGCACCCAGCACAGUGAGGACGACAAGACCGAGGGAGGUGGAAGGAGGACCCGCUUGCUCGCCCCCACUCGCACCGGGGACCCGAGAGCCGGAGCGGAGGCCUGGGGGAGGAGCCGCCGCGGGCACGCCCCGCCCCCGGCCCGGGAAGAGGACUCCGGCGACUCAGCCGGCCGGCCACCGCCCCCCUCCGCCGGCUGAGACCCGCCCCUGAUCCUCCCCCGGCGGCAUGGAGGAGCUCUGCUCCUGACGGCCGCGCCUCGGCCUCCGCCCCUCCCCUCCCGCCCGCCUCCGCUCGCAUGUCCGCGCCGCUUUAGCUGAGGAUGCUGAGGAUGAAGCUCCCGCUGAAGCCGACGCACCCCGUGGAGCCGCCGCCCGAGGUGGAAGAGCCCGAAGCGGAUGCGCGGCCGGGGACUAAGGCGCUGCCGCGGGUCCGUCGCCGCGACUGCCGCCCCACGCCGCCGCCGCCUCCCGCAGGCCCGUCGCGAGCCGCCCCCCCGCCGCCGCCGCCGCCGCCGCCCCGGGGGCUCGGGCCGCCUGUUGCUGGCGGAGCCACGGCGGGAAUGGGCAUGCCGGGUGGCGGGCCCGCGGCGGCGCUGCGCGAGCAGGAGCGGGUGUACGAGUGGUUCGGGCUGGUGCUGGGCUCCGCUCAGCGCCUGGAGUUCAUGUGCGGGCUGCUGGACCUAUGCAACCCGCUGGAGCUGCGCUUCCUCGGCUCGUGCUUGGAGGACCUGGCGCGCAAGGACUAUCACUACCUGCGAGACUCGGAGGCCAAGGCCAACGGCCUCUCGGACCCGGGGCCCCUGACCGACUUCCGAGAGCCCGCCGUACGCUCGCGGCUCAUCGUCUACCUGGCGCUCCUGGGCUCGGAGAACCGUGAGGCCGCCGGCCGCCUGCACCGCCUCCUGCCCCAGGUGGACUCGGUGCUUAAGAGCCUUUGCGCGGCCCGGGGCGACGGCUCGCGGGGCGGCGCGGAGGACGAGCCCGGCGAGCGCGGAGAGGACGGGGUGGGCGAGGAGAACGCCGAGAAGGACGGCUCUGGCCCGGAAGGCAGCGGCGCCGAGUCCCGGGCCGGCGAUGGGCUGGGCUUCAGGGCCCAGGAGGAACUGCUGCUGCUGUUCACCAUGGCUUCGCUGCAUCCGGCGUUUUCCUUCCACCAGCGGGUCACCCUGAGGGAGCACUUGGAGAGGCUCCGCAGCGCGCUCCGCCGGGGCCCGGAGGAUGCGGAGGUGGAGGUGGAGCCGUGCAACUUUGCCGGCCCCAGGGCCCAGAAUGACUCUGCUCACGGUGAUUACACGCAAAGCAAUGAGGCCGGUUUGAUAGAACAAGCCCCAGUACCUCAUGACGGACUUACUGCAGCACCUCACAGAGCCCAGCGAGAAGCUGUGCACAUUGAGAAGAUAAUGUUGAAAGGAGUCCAGAGAAAAAGGGCUGACAAAUAUUGGGAGUACACCUUCGAAGUAAAUUGGUCUGAUCUUUCAGUUACCACAGUAACAAAAACGUACCAAGAACUACAGGAAUUUCUACUGAAGCUUCCCAAGGAAUUGUCUUCAGAGACGUUUGACAAGACCAUCCUGAGAGCCCUGAAUCAGGGCCCGCUGAAGCGAGAGGAGCGGCGACAUCCUGAUCUGGAGCCCGUCCUAAGGCAGCUAUUUUCAAGUUCAUCCCGAGCUUUUCUGCAGAGUCAGAAAGUGCACAGCUUUUUCCAGCCCAUCCCAUCGGACCCUCGCCACGGCCUCAAUAACUUGCAGUCCUCUCUGAAGACUUCCAAGAUAUUAGAACACUUAAAAGAAGACAGCUCAGAAGCUUCAAGUCAAGAGGAAGAUGUGUUACAGCACACGGUAAUGCACAAGAAACACGCUGGGAAAAGUCCCUCUGGGAACACUACUGGUACAACUUGUCCGCCACUGGACGGCCUCACCGUGCAGUGUUCCGAACAGAACGGCGUCAUGGACUGGCGGAGGCAGGGCUGCACCACCGCCCAGCACCCGGGGCACUGUGUGAACUCGGCGGACCAGCAUUCAACUGAUAAGCGAAGUUUGUCUUCAGUAAAUAAGAAGAAAGGAAAACCACAUGUAGAAAAGGAGCAGGUUAAGGAAGCUGACAGCAGACUGAAUAGUAGAAUAAAUGGUAUUAGACUCUCCACUCCUCAGCACGGCCAGGGCAGUUCUGUGAAAGAUGUGAAUGUGGACGUUGGAUCUGGACAUGACACAUGCGGAGAGACGUCUUCUGAGAGUUACAGUUCUCCCUCUAGUCCCCGACAUGAUGGAAGAGAAAGCUUUGAAAGCGAAGAGGAAAAAGACAGAGACACCGACAGCAACUCCGAGGACUCAGGGACACCGGCCCCGUGCAGGUUCGCCGCUCCCGGCCCCGUCGCCCAGGCGGUUGCGGUCCCUCCGCCGGGAGAUGCCGCUUCCUUGGGAGACCAGAGCGGAGGCCUCAUGGAGGACACCACGAGCGCGCCCAAGUAUCAGCACGUCUCCUUCGUGCCGACUUUACACUGUGUCGUGCACAGCGGUGCCCAGAAGUCGGACGUGGUCGUUCCUACCCCCAAACCUGGCGAUGGCAAAACGAUGGGCGUGCUGGUUCCCGGUCCUGUCGCCCUUUCUGCACUGAGGGAGUCCGGCGCGACGCCCAUGGGGCUCCUAGGGCCCGCAGCCUCUGCCGGAGAUUCAGAAAAGCACUUGGAGCUGCUGGCCUCGUCCUUACCGCUCCCGGCGACAUUCCUCCCGCACAUUCAGAGGCUGAAGCUGCCCCCGCAGCAGGGACCUUCCGAGGGCUGCGCGCUGAGCGUGCAGCAGCCGGCCGGGGGUCUGAGCCUGGGGUCACCGAGCACUGCCUUCCUCCCUUUGCACAGCCCAGCAGGGUUUCCAGGCUCUCCUGGGGCUGCCACGGACCCCACCACCAAACCCCCCUCCCAGGUGGUGGGACUCAAUCAAAUGGUGCCUCAAAUGGAGGGAAACGCAGGGACAGCCCCUCAGCCCAGCAGUGUGAACGUAGUGCUCUCAGCGGCCGGCCUCUCUGCCGCGCAGCCACCAGCCCCCUAUGCACUGGCCGGCUCGCCCCUCGCCGCCGCGGGAGGGUUAGCCAGCCAGGGCGCCGCCGCGCCGUCGGCGCAGGCCCAGCCCGCGGUCCCCACGCACACACCGGGCCCCGCGCCCAGCCCGAGCCCCGCGCUGACUCACAGCACCGCGCAGAGCGAGGGCGCGUCCUACAUCAGUGCGGUGGGGAGCACGAACACCAGCGGCGCGGUGCUGCCGCCCCCGCAGAUGGGCUCGGGGCCCUGCGGUUCUUGCGGGCGAAGGUGCGGCUGCGGGACCAACGGCAACCUCCAGCUGAGCAGCUACUAUUACCCCAACCACGUGCCCAUGUACCGAGUCCCUCCUCUCUUCCCUCUGCCGUCCAUCUGCAACGGCAGCUACCUCAACCAAGCACAUCAGAGCAACGGAAACCAGCUUCCUUUCUUUCUGCCUCCGGCUCCGUAUGCAAACGGGCUGGUGCACGACCCGGUCCUGGGGAGCCAAGCCAGCUACGGCCUGCAGCAGGUGGCGGGAUUUGGGAGGUACUACGCUGUCUACGCAGCGCCCAGUGUGGUUGCCAACACCAGCGGCUCGGGGCCGAAGAAGAGCGGCAGCGUCUCGUGCUACAACUGUGGCGUCAGCGGACACUUUGCCCAGGAGUGCAAGCAGGCGUCCAUGGAGGCCAGCCAACAAGGCACUUACAGACUGAGGUACGCACCUCCCCUCCCCCCUCCUAGUGAUACGUUGGACUCUGCAGACUGAACCGAGUAAAGCUUGCCUGCCUAAUCCAGGAAGUGUGGGGGGUCCUGGUGGGGUGUGGAGGGCAGGAAAGGAAAGGUAUUUUGUUCACGUUUCUUUGUCUACACAUUUCCAAAAUUUCUAUGCAGUUGGGGUUUCUCAUGUUUCCUGUACUGAUGUCCAAAACAGAAAAGAACGCGUUGCUUUUGAGCCUCCAGUCUCCUAGGUCAACAACAGGCUUGUCUCUGUGACACGUGUAAUUUAAACAUCCGAACUAUCAAAAGAAAAUGGAUGCGUGGUGUUUUUUUUUACACUGAAUACUCGCUGUGUGCAAUGUUUACUGAAUCUUUAAAACUGUGUAUUUGACCUUUUUUUUUUUGACAACACUGGUGACAGUCGUAUGGUUUUGGAAAAAAAAAAAAAGAUACUUUGCUUCUUCCCCAGCUUUUCUCACUCUCACCCUAAAGUACACUUUUCCCCCUGUCCCCUCCUGCUUCCCAGUGGCCCCUUGCAGGGCGGGUGGCCGGUGCGCUGGUCCCCACCACCGUUGUGAACUGCUCUGCACACAAGCUGAAGGGCAGCUGUUUCACCGGAAUCAUAAGGCAGGAGUCAGAUUCACGAAGGAGUGUGUGUGUGACGAACAACAUCACAGAAAUGCAUACGUGCAGUGCAUGUUGUCCCAGUGCAAAUUUAAAUACAUGGAAAAAGUAAAACCUUAAUAUAACCCAGGAAAAAUGUGAUGUGUGAAGUGGACAGAGAGCUCUUUCUUACAAACAAACGACUUUUUUAACCCAUCACCCUUUUUAGCCUGUUGCCUCAGAGAGACAGAAAGUGGAUGAACUGGCGUGUGCGUGUGCGUGUUCUGCGUGUCUGUGUUGGUCGUGGCAGCCGAUUGUACUUGGAGUUCACCCUGACGUCACGCUCGGACGCUGCCCGAGUGGCAGCUCUCCCUCCCGCACCACCUGUCACAGCGUCACGUUGCGGUGGAAAUGCGUGGGCUUGACCGCAGCCCGAACAGCGGCGCGGGGGGCUGUGCGCCCUGACCUGCCCCUGGUCACAGAGCCGCUUCCCUGACCAGCCACCGCUCUGCGUGACGACAAUGUGCAAGGCCGCCGAGCGCAAGACCGUGUCAGUCAUGUGUGUGCUGUCACUAAGUUUAAUGCUGCUGUUUUUUUUAAAAAAAGGUUUUUUUUAAAGCCAAUCUACGCACUAAAUUGCUUCCGGGUAAUUUUUGAUUUCCUAAAGUGCACUGAGGUUAUCUGGGAGAUCAGGUGCGUUCCUCGGGCUGCCGCAGCCCACGGCCACAGGCGCCUGCGCCUCGCGGCCACAGGCGCCUGCGCCUCGCGGCUGCGGGGUCGGGGGCCAGGUGGGCGCCGGUCCCUGCGCCUGGGCAUGGAGCCCGGAGCCCGGACGGAAGGGUUUUGUCGUCCGCAGUACCUCGGUGCGCAGCCAAGGAAUGUCGGUGUUUGGUCUUGGUUCAGAAGCCUAACAGAUUGCUAAACAAAAGGAAAAACUUGAAGAAAAAAGAAGCUUCAUGUCAUGCCUCCUAGGUAGCAUUUAUAUUUAUAGCACCGAUGUACAUUUUGAAACUUCCUUUCAGGGGUUGGGUGUUAGAGGGGAGAGGGGGGGUGGGAAGGGGCCGAGGAAAGCUUUAAUUUAAAGAGAAGCAGAGUUUGAGUAAAGGAAAUUAUUUUGAUUAAUUAUAUUUUAUUUGAUCUGGGUACCUUUGGACCACGUUCUUAAAUUAAUUGUUACGCUGCCGCUGAGUUACUCCACUGAGUUCUGAUGAGCCACGGAUGGGCCGCGUUGUGAGUCGCUUGCCGGUUGUACUUUACGGAGCUUAUUUUAUGAUUUGAAAUACUGUACUGUACAUAGGGGGUGUGCUGCCUUCUCCUUAUUUGUAUGUUUACCAUAUACUUUGAUAUUUGAAAUGUUAUGUACUGGAAAGGCCACUUAUAUUUCUAGAACAGAUUGGAUUUUAUGCAACCUUUUUUCCUUGAAUUAACAGCAAUAAAAAAAUGAAAAACA